AUGCAUAAGAUAUCCCCGAUGUCAGACCUUGAUUCUAAUGAGCUCAAAUCUUCUGAUGAACUUCGGAAAAUUGUCGACAAAAUAGGAAUUGGCAAAGAAGAGACAGUGGAUGAUAUUGAGAAAUGGAUGAAGGAAGUGAUCAAGGCUAAGCUACUUCCAGAAGAAUUCACAUCAGAACAUGGAUUUCGGCUGGAGUUCCGAGACAUGCUUGAUGAGUUGGGCUCAGAGCAUGAAUUUGAGAAGGGAAAAACGGAUCUUCACGAACUGUAUUGUGCCUUUAUUCAGACGAUAGAUCACCGAGCGCCUCUAUAUACUUCCUUCUCUUCAGCCCAAUCUAGUGACAUCAGCCGGAUGAUGAAUAUCCUUCAUUCUCCAAUAUUCCGCGAAGUGUUGUCGAGAACCAGCUGCUGGUUUGCACUCCUCAGCAAUAAAGAAUAUCCAUCCGAGAUGGAUGUUUAUGAAUGGGUCGGUGUAUGGAAAGACCUAACGUUGUGGGGUAAUCGAGCCAUGAAGGAUGGGAUCAACUUCUCAUCAUUUGUCAUUCGAAUUAUACAGAAACUUUUGAAUGGAGGGACAUCAGAGGGUGAGGGAAAUGGCAUCCACCAUGGCCCCUGGCAUUUUCCAUUUAUCGGUGAGAAACAGAGGGCUUUUGAGGAGAAAUAUAAUGUUCGAAUUCUGCUCAUUACAUACGAAGGGAGGGAAGCGAGAUGGUUCUGGAUCUUCCCUAGCGACAAGCCCGACGCAGCUCUAAGCCUUUGGUAUGGUUCGUCUCGAUAUUUCCGCGUUGCCAUGGGUUCUUCCUCCAAGUGUCUAAAAUAUGAGCAAAUGGAGUUGGGAAUCAUUCCAAAAGAUGAGAAAUGGAAAGUGACAUCGGAGAAGAUUAAUGAAUCGACUUAUAAAAGGACAUGGACACCGGAUGAAGAGGGGGAAGAGACGUGGAUAUGGACGGUUUGUCCGUUUCCA